UCCUCUAAUUCCUCAGAAACCCUAAAUCCCAAUUGAGAAAAUUUUGUCUAAAUUUUUAGACGCAAAUUCAGUUUCUGUGAACUCUUUCUUUGUUGAAUCAUGGAACCAGCACAGCCCGAACCCGUUACUUACGUCUGCGGAGAUUGUGGACAAGAGAACACUUUGAAGCCUGGGGAUGUGAUCCAAUGCAGAGAGUGUGGGUACCGUAUUCUCUACAAGAAGCGUACCCGUAGAGUUGUUCAAUACGAAGCUCGCUGAGAACCGUAGUGGUUGUUAAUCCUGAAGAUGUUUCAUAGUCUGUUAAGAUGGGUUGAGACGUUUUGGCACUGUUGGGGAUGUAUAUCGACAUGCUUUUUGCUAAAUUGCCAGUUCGAUUUGAUUUGGGGAUUUGAUCCCAGUGUGACUCUGUAAUCACUUGGAAUAACUAAAUUCACAUUGCUAGAAUCCUUGAUUGCUAUAAUCUCCUCUAAAUUACUCAUC